AUGGACCGAGACAACAAGGAGUACAAGAAUCAGUCGUACUGGGACUCGCGCUUCGCCUCCGAAGAGUCGUACGACUGGCUCGCACGCUACAACGACGUCGCCGAUCUCAUCGUGCAAUAUGUGCCCAAGAGCAGCCGUAUUCUCAUCGUGGGUUGCGGCAACUCGACGUUCAGCGUGGAUUUGUACGAUGCGGGCUACACCAACAUCGUCAACCUCGACUUCUCCAGCGUCGUGAUCGAGCGAAUGAGUGCGAAAUACACGGAAUCGCGCCCACUCAUGCGCUGGGUUGUUGGCGACAUGCUCAAGCUCUCCGAAUCCUUUGGAGCAAGCUCCUUCGACGUCGUCAUUGACAAAGCAGCCAUGGAUGCCCUCAUGGUGGAGGGCGGCGAUACGUGGUCUCCUGCAGAGCACCUUCUUGCUCAAGCCCGCGAUAUGUGCACGGGAGUUCAGAAGGUCCUGAAACCCGAUGGUCUCUUCAUUCAAAUCUCAUUUGGCCAGCCCCAUUUUCGCAAGCGCUUCCUCCUCGGUGAUGCGCCCGAAGCUGACGUGAGCACGGCAUACGGCUGGACGUACAAGUACCAUAACAUUCCGAUUGGUCUCGGGUACUUCUUUUUCGUCAUGCAAAAAUAA